AUGAGCGUUGAGCUGGGAACAAUACCGCUGUUGGUUGACGACACCACUGCUUGUCAAGUGCCCACCACCUCCUGCCGCGCCCAGGCAGAUCUUGAGAGGGCGACGUACCGUCUCAUACCCUGUCGGUCUCCCCGCAUCAAAUCAUCACCGUACUCCACCCCACUGACGCCGGCAACGACCCCCACGCGCCCUGUGACAACUACUAAGCGCGGACGGCGGACUAUCGAGUACGACGAAUUGUCAGCCGGAGAGGCGACUCCGUCUCCCACAAAACGACGAGGGUCCAACGGUAAACGAGAGAAAUCUGCCUGUCUGCCUUCCCCAACUAAUACUCCCUACAAAUCCAAGAGAACUGUUGAUGCCGGUGUAUUCGACGUAAAAGUAGCUUGGGCGACUUUGGUCAAGCGAGAGAGUGACAUCCUCACCCCACACCUGCUCAGGUCGCAUAAUUGGGUCGACCACAUCUUGCCUCGCAAGGUGCCCCUUCCAAAGUCGGAUCCUAUCACACCGAGCGUGUCUAGUGCACCGAACGUGGCAGAGAAAUUAGACGGAAUCGAUCACCUGCGCUCCGAAAUUUCCUGUGACAAUCCCUCACUCGUGAUCUGCUUUGUGCCGUCAAAUGCUGGCGGAGACAUUAAAGAAUGGCGCCGCCGUCUCCUUGCUAUAAAACCCACUUUGAUUCAAGAGAAAGUCGCGGACGACCCCUUUCGCCUGCUCCUAGCUGUCAUCCUCCUGAACAAGACAAGCUGGAAACAAGCAACGCCCGUUUUCUGGCGUAUCCUGGAUAGAUGGCUGGACGCCGCUUCCCUGUCACAUGUUCCUGAGGUAGAGCUGGUAGAAGUCCUCCGUCCCCUCGGCUUGCAGAACACUCGCGCCUGUCGCAUCCUCACCUUCUCCAAGCAAUAUGGCUCCGCCCCACCCUCGACUCAGCUGUAUCCUCUCAGAGUAGACAAGACGUACCCGCUAACUGCAGUGGCAAAUUAUGCGGGUGUAGGAAGGUAUGCAGCGGACUCCUGGCGGAUUUAUUCCCCUACGCUUGAGGGUGGGGGAGCACCAAGAGGGGCUAAGGAGACAUUGGAGGGAUUCUUUGAGCCUGAAAAUAGCGAACAAGAAUGGAAGAAGGUGAGACCAUUGGAUAAAGAGCUAAGAUGGUACCUGAUCUGGCGCUGGGCUGUCGAGGGCUAUAAGUGGACGCCUGAAUAUGGAAGGGGAGAACGUAUCGACGAAGCGUACAUAAGCCGCCUCCUACCCGACUAUCAAAUGCGAAUGAGGAUAUUAAUUCAACGACGAAACACUCCAACGAACGGGCGCUUAAUCGAGCUAAGCGAAAGAAAUUAA